UAAACGCAGACAGAAGGCUACAGAGGGGAUAGAGCAGAGCACCGUUAGACAACGCUCCAGACCCACAAGCUUAACCAUCGACAACGGCAAAAUUAACCAAAACGCGAAAUGAGCGCAAACAAAGGCAAGCAAAGGGACGUCCGUUCAAGAUAGUCACAAAAAUGUUGAACGCUAUUUGUUGACCGCUUCUUCCAGAACAACCGCUGUAUUCAAUUGUUCCUCGGGAAUGAGUGGUGUCUAAUGCCAGGACAGUGGGAGUAUUGGUCGGCAGAAGACAUUUCCGUGACUUGAUAUAUUUUACCGGACAACAUUGUACGAGUUAUUCAGCUUUAUAGACAUUAUCUACGAGAGGACUUCUGUGGAUGUAUCGCAACUCAUUUUUCAUCGUUUUGGAGACAAUGCUUUGCGAACACUGGCUUUGAAGUGCAGCUCAAUUCAAAACGGAAGGAUCCUUGCCAAAUUAACAUCAUCUCAGUACCUUGUUUGAAGUACAGCGAACGUCAGUGCAGGAUUUAUAAGGAGUCUCCUUUUGUGUGAUAAAGUAAGAACCACUUUGUGGCACUUAUUCCAUAUUUGUUUCAUUUGAUAUUUCCCAAGCGAUAUAAUAUCCUUCUGGCUUUCUUGCGUCCCUCGAACACGAACCUCGUGAAUGACUGAAAGAGACGCGUGUUGUUUCUUUAUUUGGAAAAGAAAUAUUGGUCUUCAUUAUUGAAAUUGAAACAGUAAACCAAAGACUUGCUUUACAGAAGAGUCAAUGAGUUUUAAGCUUUGAAAACUUUUUCGAUUUUUAAGAGAGAAGCAAAUUACCUCAGAAUUUCCAAACUGAAAGUCCACCGCGCUUUAAAUCCAAAGGAGUUAAGCAUAAUUACUGGACUGUGUGAAGAUAUCAACGAUAUUCAAGACUUUUUCCUCAAUAAUAUUUUUUCAAAGAAUACGAAUACGAUCUUAAAUGCUUUUCAGUCCUUUCGAGGCUUUAUUUUUUCUUCCCAUAUGAUGCGGAUUGGGGCGUAAUAAUCGCCGCAUCGUAUUAUUGUGUGGAUUACCUUCUCAGCAAUUACCUCAGUUUGAACUCGAUCUACACAAAGUAGGCUACUGGUAGCACCGAACAGAAGGUUGGAACGAUGCCCGAUUCACCUGCUGAUGUCAAAACCCAGCCCAGGUCGACUCCGCCCACCAUGCCCCCUCCUCCGCCCGCUGUCAGCCAGGUGGCCAAUCGCAACGCCUCCUUCACACCCACCACCAUGUUGAACGGCAGCGGCAGCGGGAGCGGCAGCAGCCACUCGCCCACGGCGCUCAACGGCGCCCCCUCCACGCCCAACGGCUUCAGCAACGGCCCGGCGGCCUCGUCCAGCGCCGCGCUCUCCACCCAGCAGCUGCCGCCGGCCUGCGGCGCCCGCCAGCUCUGCAAGCUCAAGCGCUUCCUCACCACGCUGCAGCAGUUCGGCAACGACAUCUCGCCCGAGAUCGGCGAGCGCGUCCGCAGCCUGGUCCUGGGCCUGGUGAAUUCCACUCUGACCAUUGAAGAGUUCCACUCCAAACUCCAGGAGGCUACCAAUUUCCCUCUACGUCCCUUUGUCAUUCCAUUUCUCAAGGCCAACCUGCCCCUGCUGCAGAGAGAGCUGCUCCACUGCGCCCGGAUGGCCAAGCAGACGCCAGCGCAGUACCUGGCCCAGCACGAGCAGCUGCUGCUGGACGCCAACGCCAGCUCGCCCCUGGACUCCUCCGAGAUCAUGCUGGAGAUCAACGAGCACGGCAAGAGGAGGACCCCUGACAGGACCAAAGAUGUCGGGCUGGACCGCGACGGCCUGCACGUGGAGCACCUGGCCAAGCGGCCGUGCACCGUGAGCCCCAGCCAGCGCUUCAGCCCCGGCGGCGGCCCCCUGCCAGCGCACCCUCCCCCCAACGGCCUGGCGUCCGGCCACGCGCCCCCCAACGGCCUGCCCCACCCGGCUCCCCCCACGCCGCAGCACUACCGGCUGGAGGACAUGGCCCUGGCGCACCACUACCGCGACGCCUACCGGCAGGCCGAGCAGCGCGACGUACGGGAGAGACACCGGCAGACUGCAGUGCAUGGAGCUCGCCAAGAGGAAGUGAUCGAUCACAGGCUGACUGACCGGGAAUGGGCUGAAGAGUGGAAGCACCUCGAUAAUUUGCUCAACUGUAUCAUGGACAUGGUGGAGAAGACGCGGCGCUCGCUGACGGUGCUGCGGCGGUGCCAGGAGGCCGACCGCGAGGAGAUGAACCACUGGAUCCGGCGCUACAGCGACGUGGAGGAUAUGAAAAAAGGUGGGAGCCCCGCGCAGCGCCCUCCGCCGCCUCCUCCUCCACAACCACCACCUCUACCUCCACUUCCUCUUCCUUCAUCUCACGUUCUUGCUCCUCCUCCUCCUCCUCCUCCUCCUCACCACCACCACCACAACUCCAACACUCCCAGCGGCAACAACAAGUCGCACGCGCUAGCUAUUUGCGGCACAGGCAAGAGACCAGAGAUCCACCGGGACUUCCUGCACCGGCCGCCCUCGGGAUAUCUGCCAGAGGAGAUCUGGAGGAAGGCUGGUCCCACCAGCAUCCCGAUCUCCCCAGCACUAAAGCAGCUCCAAAACAAACAGGAAGAGGCAGUGAAUGAGGUGAAGAGACAGGCCAUGUCGGAGCUGCAGAAGGCGGUGUCUGACGCCGAGCGCAAGGCGCACGAGAUGAUCUCCGCCGAGCGCUCCAAGAUGGAGAGGGCGCUGGCCGAUGCCAAGAGGCAGGCCUCCGAAGACGCCCUGACCGUCAUCAACCAGCAGGAGGACUCCAGCGAGAGCUGCUGGAACUGCGGGCGUAAGGCCAGUGAGACGUGCAGCGGCUGCAACACGGCGCGCUACUGCGGCUCCUUCUGCCAGCACAAGGACUGGGAGAAGCACCACCACGUGUGCGGCCAGGGCCUGCAGGGUCUGCCCGGUGGCGGCGGCGUGCCCGUGGGCACCCCCUCCUCCACCACCUCCACGUCCUCGUCCUCGUCCUCCGGCGGCGUGCCCCCCACGCACUCGGAGAGCGCGCCCCCCGGAGGGCCUCUCUCCCUGGGUGGCCAGCCGGGCGGCGGCAGCCCCAAGGACGCUGGCUCCAGCUCCAGCAGCGCCUCCCGCUCCACCACCCCGGCCACCCCUGCCCUGCUGGACUCGUCCUCGCGCUGACCAGCUGUCCGCCAUCGCCUUCACCAGUCGACCACCAUCACCACCACCGCUACCACCACCACCGCCACCGCCAGUCACCACCCUUCAGCUACUCCCCUGCCUCCACUGCUGCUAAACAGCGUCCUCGAUCCAAAACAUAGCCAACAAUGGAGGAAUCUCUUCUUGCGAUGGCAUACCCCACCUUGAUGAAAAUAUCUCUCUCAACGAAACAAAGAUUUUGUGCUUUUUUUUUUUUAUUUUGGUGUUUUGUUGUUGGACUGCACCUCAAAGUGCUGCCAAGACGGUGAACUGUGUCCGAUGAUUUCUUAGCUACCUAACGAAGGUAUUCUUUUUGUGGAUUCUUUAAAAUGAUGAAAACUAAAAAACUAAAACAUGAGAAUAGGAAAAAAAUAUCCAACACCUCUCUCUUUUUCAUACAGCAAGGCAAGACACAUACCUACACACACCAUGAGAAACUCGUACACCAAAUUCACACAGCAAAGUGAUGGGGGUCCCUUUCGGGCCUGUGCUCCCAGCUGGGGUCUGAGUUAAUACAAUACGGGGCUGUCAGGACAGAGAGUGUUCACUAAUGCCUAUAAAUGGAAUGUGUUUUCCCUUUAUAAAUUGGGUUAUGUCCUUUUACAAAUAGAACAUGCAAACACUGUCAGCUUAGUUGGCACCAACCAGCGCUGAAAGCUCCACAGCGAGCUUGGCUGCAGCUCUAGCUCCUCCAUGGCCCUCCGCAAGUUCAGCUCCACCCCAGUGAACGCUGUGGGUAUGGGGCUGGGAGUAGGGGUGGGUGCAGGCCUUGGGGAGAGUGGGGAAGGGGUGGAGAUUGCAGUUAAUCCCCGAGACCACCAUGCUCCUGUGCCUCCCCAGUGAUCUGAUGCAGAACAGAGGGUGGACUUGGAACAGUACGUAAACACCUAGAGCCCCACCUCCCCACCUUCUCUCUGGAGACACAAUGUCCAGGAUUUUAAGGCGUAAGAGCGCAGGCAGCAGGCCCACUCUGCUCAGUGUCCAGCCUCAGUCUGAGGAAGCUGACAGGUACCAGGAGGCCACCCCCAACCCACCCCAACCCAACCCAACCACCACCAGGACCCUCUCAUGAACAUCUGAAAUGUUCACCUGUUGAUAGAAGUUCUUUGGCUUUAAUAAAAAAAAAAAAUAAAGAACAGUCCAAAAAUCAUUAUAAAUAAUAAUAAUGAUAAUAAUAAUAAUAUUGAUAUUAUUAUCAAUAAUAAUAACAAAAACCUUUUUAAGAAAACCUGUUAACUACCUUGCUAGCGAGCCAAGAAAACCUACACCGGACUCACCUCUCUUUACUGAUGUGAACCCAAAUGAAUUUUUGAGGAGAAAAAAAAAACAGAAUCCAAACCUUUUUAUGACACUGCCAAAGUUACUGAGCGACAAGGAGAAGCACUCAUCUUGUAACCAAACACAAAACGACUACUUCAGCUCCUCAGCAAUGCCAGCCCUGUAAAAGCAAGCAGGCUAUGUGAGUGUGUGUGUGUGGGGGGCCACAGCGAACACCUUCUCUCCCCACAUAUGAAAACACACACACACACAGACACACACACAGACACACACACUGACACACCCCCGUUCCCAAAAAAACAACAGGAUAUGAUGGAAAAAAUCCCAAAUGACUCUUCAGACUUAAUGCACUGCAGCUACCCAUGUAAGGGUCGACAAACCCUAUUGAUACAAAUAAUGUGAAUUCACAUCGCUGGCAGAAAGAAAAAAAAAACUUCUGAGUGGGUGGACAACACAUGAGACAUGAAACACAACCACACACGCCCAUACACACACAAAACAUAUUCAGACAAGCAGAAAAAAAUGACCUGGAGAGAUUGUUCUAGACGGCAAAGGGAAGCUGCCUGGGACAUGGAAAUUGUGAAUUGUGUGUGGAGGGAAAAGACUCGUAGUUGCCCUCGAAGAGAAAAAGAAUGACAUUGGAACUGCCCCAGACAUCACCCCCUCCCCACCACCACCCCAAAAAACAGACUGAAAAAUGAACUCUGAGUCCGUCUGUCUGUGUGAGCAUUGUACACUAAGAGUAAGCCUUCUGUUCGUCAUGAUCUGUUUCUUUUUUUAAAGCGCUGUGAAGACUGAGACAUUAACAAUGGAGUUUCAUCUUUUUUUCACUCUCCCACGUUUUUUCCAAAGCAUGACAAGAAACAGACUUUAAAGAGCCUCAUAAGUGGUGUAGACAUGGUUCUUUUCUCUCUCUCCCUUUCUCUCUCUCUCUCUCUCUCUCUACCUCCCCUUGGCAAUGCCCCUGUGUGUUCCAUGCCCCUUUCUGUCAAACCCGCUUUGCCUCUUUGACAGAAACAGCGAGUACAUAUUUGUGAAAGGAUCAAAUCCCUGCUUGUAGAUAUACCUUUCUGUUUCCUCGGUGUCUCUGUCUGCCUUUGCCGUCCUGGUGUGUGUUUCGGAAAGAGGGGGAACAGUUUUGUUUGUUUUUUUGUUUGUUUUUUUUCUCCCUUCAGGUUCACAAAUGAACAUUUUACUGAGAAACAAGGGAGGCAUAUUGGAGACACUGAAGGAGAAGAAGCCUGUGUUGUACCUAUUCUUCAAUUUGUUGUAUCUAUAUCAAUGAGAAAGGAAAUCCUCCUGUAGAAUAUUUUAUAUUGCUCGCAUUGUUAGACAGUGAGAGAGAGCAAGAGGUGCAAUAUGGAAAAGAGAAUUCAGCUACUGAAGGGAACCUCAAAAACUGCCCUUAGGGUGACUUAUAACGAAAAAAAUAUACGUAUAAAUAUAUUUAAAAUAACAACAGUAACUUAAUGUGAAUGUACAUAGUAUUUAAAAAAGAAGAGGUCCAAAAAUGUGUUUGCCAAAUAACAGAAACCUUUAAAGUAUAA